CUGCCAGUCGGGUUACCAGGACAUGGACGGAGUUGUUUGAGUGCUAUUGUUGGGCCCGAGCCGCAAUGUUCAUUGCGUUUCCUCCUUCUCUUCCGUCUCCAAGUUCUGCGUCGUGCGAUUCUUUGAAAUAUGGUGGAAGCUGUCGCCGGUCCGCCAACUCCACUCAGGAAGACACCUCGUGUGCUGGCUCAUGACGAAAAUGGUCAAACUGAAGCCUCCCCGAUUAUCUUCCAGACACCAGGACCCUCGCCUUUCUCCGUGAACGGCUCCGCCGGUGUUCCUUCUACUCGACAGUCGAAACGAGUCAACUUCUCCCCGUACCCGAGCCAUGUCAUACCGCCAUCAGUCGCCAGCAUUGCAAUGAAUUCGAAAUCAGAUCUGAAGACAUUGACGCCGUCGAAUGAACGCAAGCCCUCAAAAUCCAUCCUCAAGUCGACAAGCACGCCGGUUCCCGUGAACACCGUCGAAAGCGAACCUGUGACCCCCGGAAAUUUCGUCAUGCUGCUACACUCGAUUACGGAACAACUUCGGGGGGAGUCUACAACUGCGAAACUCGAUGCUUAUAUGCAUUUCUUUGGGGUGUUGAGGACAUACGAAGGGGUACCGACACUGCAAGAAGUAUCGGAGAAACUGGGCGUGAUCACAGACUACAUGCGGAAGGAUGUCACCAGGGAUCUUGAGAAUGCGGCACCAGUGGACAUCAACCUUGUCUGCCAGGCUCUAAAACUGUCUGCUGCUCUCAUUUGGCACACCGAGAUAUCCCGGCAGCUGUCAGAUGACUUCAGGGUUUUUCUGGUCGAUCACUCCAUCGAUAGGCUUCACGAUGCCAAGGUGCCCAAGUCUGUGUUGAUCCAUUGCAUGUCUAUCCUGUCCAGUCAGAAUUUUGGCCCGAAGAUUAUGAACAAUGCACGCCUGACACGUCUGCUCAAUGGGCUACGCGAUAUCAGCGACAGGGUGAACGGGAAUGGAAUCAUCUCGCAGCGGUUGUGCAUCUAUCAUCGACUCCUCGAACAAUUCAGGUCGUUCUUCAUUUCUCAGGCAGCCCUAUGGAUGGAGCAUCUUAUUUCUGGACUGCUUCACCCCGUCAAAGACACGAGGAUCAAAUCGAUUUCCCUCGGUUCGCAGUUAUCCAAGAUUGCUGGGCCCAAUGCAACGCUAUCCAAGACUAUCCGUGAGAUUUUCGACAAGCCACUCGGCAAGAGCAAAAAUCUGGUGUCUGAGAUCUGCGAGAGAAUGUCACGGAUGAUGGCAUCUACCGACACCAGCUCACAUGUUCCUCAAAUCUGGACCGUCAUUGUUUCCCUUCUGAGAUCCAGAGCGCUGAACAUUGAUCAAUGGGAGCAUUUCAGAGAAUGGGUCCUCGUUCUACAGAAGUGUUUCAAUUGCAGCGAUGCGGCAAUUAAGGCCCAAGCUAUACUUGGGUGGAACCGGUUUGUCGUCGUCGUCGGCCCUAAUGAAACGACCAACCCGUCAGUGAUCAAAAUGCUGAGCAAACCCAUCUUCUCCCAAUUCGAACGAAAAAAGCAGGAGAAGAAUGGAGCAUAUCCAAACCAAUUGGCCGUGUCGAGUUACUUCAACCUCCUAUAUUUUUCUUUCCAUCCAGCUGCCACUCACCCAUUCCUUGACACGGUCUGGCAGGAUUACAUUGCUUCUCCUUCUUUCACUAUAUUCUCCUCGAAUCCAACACUAAGCAACCAUGUUGCACAUGCUCUGUCGUACAUGUUAUGGAGCUCGCAUACCAGGGUUUGGACUGAAGCUACGAUAAGCCAAUGCACCAAGUUUGACCCUAGCUUCUUGCCGGCACUCGAGUGUAAGUGGACCCGGUCGCGUAUCACGUCAGUUCUCAAAGUCUUCGAGAAUCUUUUCAAGUCAGCGCCUUGGACAGAUGGACGGCCUGAGCAAUCAUAUAUCGCCAAUGCGUGGGGCAGCCUCUCGAACGCCUUGUCCUAUGCUUCGAGCAAAGAAAUCACACCGACGCCGGAGUCAAUGCAGGCUGUUGCCGCAGUUCUUGGGCUUCUUCAGCGUUUAUGGAAGUCUGGGCCGUCGUCACUUAACGCAGCUGGUAACUACGACGCUUUCUUCGAACGGUUCCGUUUUCUGUCCACUAAAAUAAUAUCGGAUCUUGGAAGCAUUCCGCUUACCGAGAAACUUCUUCUGAAGACACCUGAUGAAACAUUCCAGGCUGCCACCACACCCACACACCGCGGCCAACGGAAUGACUCAAACAUAAACACUCCUAUUGUGCAUUUCUUGCGCCUGAUCAGCGAUAUCUCCGGUAUUAACGAGCCAACUCCGUCUUAUUUAGACUUGGUCAAUGGCACGCUUGAGGCCUUCUGUAACGGAAAAGAGACUAGAGGUUCACACCUGGAUCUCCUUUGUCAGUGUGUGGACUUACAACCUAGUGAAGCCAAUCCUCAUUCUAAGCAAUAUAAGCUUGACCAGGUUGUCUGGGAAUGCACGGCACGAUUUGCUAUGGAUGCCUUGUACCGUCUGAAAGAGUCUAACCGUGCACCUUCACCUCGCGACUACGAAAACGUCGUCAAGAUCCUCUCCGCGGGUUUGAAGUUUGCCGAUGUUUCCCAAUUCUGGGGCCAACUCCUUGGCUCGUUUACCCAUGCUACGAGGACUGAAAAAGACGACCAGGUAAUUGCAACGAUGGUCCUUGAGCCGGUUUCUGAGGCUGCGAUGCGAUUCCACGAUCGACUUGUUUAUACACCCUCCAUUUCGCUCUUACUACUUCAUUUGUCCGUGUCGUAUGAACGCCCGGAUGUCUCAAAGGCCGGUGGAAGCCAUGGACUACAUAUUCCGGAGCGGCUGCAGACACUAGUCCACAAUACACUUAAAGAGUCCUACGAGGGCUUUGAUCCGGCGAAUAGUGCAGGCGCUGCGGGCUUUGUCGAAUCCCUUGCAUCUUUCUUGGAGUCUGGGGAUUUGGAUUUCCGGUCCAUGGUUCUGGAAAAGCUCCAAGAACCGCUUGUCAAGUGGUUGAAGGACGAGGUGUGCAAACUGGAUGCCGAAUCUGACGUAGGGAGUAGGCAUUUACUCGCUUGUCGCGUACUUUCAUCGGCAGUUCUGAACAUCAUUCAGAUGUCCUUGCCCAACAACCCCUCGUGUCUGCAAAAGUUUGAGCCUAUCAUUUGCGGAGGCCUAGAGUCAUCCCAUGUGUCGACAUCAAAGCGGUUUGUUGACAUGCUGAACACCAUGUCGAAAUCUGACGGAUCGCUGGUCUACGGCGAGUCCAUAUCGCGUGCAUUGCAGAAAUGGCAGUCAGAUAAUCAGAUUCAGCCACCAGCCUCCUCGCCGUUGGUUAAUGGCUCACAGGCCAAUAUCCACAUCAACACGGCUGAUGACAAUUCGGCCCCCAAUUCACCCAAGCCACACCAGGCAUCUGAAAAUCCGACCGUGACUUCGCAUGAUUCAUCUCCGGUUGUCAAGAUGGACGAUUCUGCAAUGCUUUCGCCAGGAGGUCAAAACCAACCCCCAUUACCAGACCAACGUCAACCCGAUGAACUUGCUUUUAUGCAAGGCACCUUGCCACUCUCGGCUGCGACCGCAUCACGCAAGAAGCGUGAGGAACUCUUUUCGAUGAUCGAGAACCUGCGGUCAUCGUCUCCUGCCAUCAUGCCAAAGGAGCUCGGAUUCAUGACUCCCCCGCACUUGCGCAACUUUCGCAACGCUGGUCGCGAUGCUGAGCCUCCAUUGACGCCUACUCUUCCGGUCGUCGCAGCUGAAAACGAAGACGUCUUCCUCGGCUCAUCCCCAACACCUGGUUUAAGAAACCGACCACAGUCUUCUCAGUCAAGACUUGCCUCAUCGCAAAGGGGGAAGACACCCGACACCCAUGCCAAUACGGACCCCCCGUCCUCUCCUCCUACCAUCAAGUCACCGAGUCCAGACGGCCAAGAGCCGCAACACCCUGCUGAACAAGAGAACACGAUGAAUGAACCGCCGAGUUCUCGCAAGUCUCCAAAAAAGAAAUCCAAGAAAGACCGCUCAAACAUCACUCCCUCGAAAGAGAAACCCGUGAGCAAGCGAUUGCGCUCUUCGAAGAAGUCUACUCCGAGUAAGAAAUCUUCGAAGAGGACUGAAUCAAGCAUGCAAUCCGAGGAAGUUGGCGAAUCGACCCCAUUAGGAACUACCAACAAACAGCCUGGCACAGGCGGUGUGGGCAACACCAUUGUGGAUUCAUUCAACGAGGAAGUCAACGAAGACGUUGAAUCCCAAGUUGCAUCUCAACUUGAGCUAGACUUGGAACAUGCCGCGGAUCACGAAGGGGAUCCAAAGGACGAAUCGGCAGAGCUCCCCAACAGUUUCCCCAUGACGAAGAAGAGAAAGCGUGGUGUUGAAGACGCCCAAACUCCUAUGUCAGAGAAGCGCCGCUCGAACCGCCUAACUUCUUCGCAGCCAGCUGCUACGGAUAUUAUUCCAGAACCGAGAAGCACGCGCUCGACGAGGACCUUGGCUGCUGCUUCUCAGCAGAAUGAUACUUCUCCCAACUCGUCGCCGGCUCAGUCUGCUGGUAAGAGACGAAAGGGACAAGAGAAGGUUGGUGCCGAGGAGUCAAUUGAACCAGCAACGGCAGAACAGGAGAAGGUCACUGGUAAUAUCCUGGAGAACGACUCUCAACUGCUGAAAUCCUCUCAGAAUCGGAGAAGAUCGACUCGCCUUGGCACGAUUCCUGAGCAAUCCGGCGCGGAAGAAAGCCCUCGGAAGAAGUCUCGGAAUGCAAGACGCGCUCGUGCGCGCCAGGCCAACAGAGAGAACCGCCAGAAGAGUCUGGAGGCCAGUCAGGAGAUUCGGGAAACUAGUCAAGAGGCUAGUCAAGAGACCAGUCAGGAUGUGAGUCAAAUUCCGGAUUCACAUCCGCAGGAGGAACAAGGUGCAGAAAGCGUCGUUGUGCAGGAGGCUGUCGGCCAGGAAGGAGAGAAAGAACCAGACUUUCCGGUUGAACAGAAUGAGGUCCAGGAACCCUCCAAGCCUACUCCUCCCCCAGAGCAGCCCGCUGAAAUCCAACUUUAUAUUGAAAUGAACCGGCCUGAAGUAAAACUGGAGCAACCCAUCACAGAGCCCGACGUCGAAAUGGAAGACGCAAUAACGGUUCCCAAAAUCGACACCAGUGCACCAGCACAGGAAGAAUCUGUCGUUCCACAAGUCACACAACCCGAACAGCCCACCGAAGCGCCCACCGAGAAGGACACAGACGCUUCUCAAUCAGGCAUAAUCCGCUCAUUCGAGCAGUCAUUGAACAAUCUCAAGUCCACCACCUUAGACGAGAACAGUCUCCGAUAUCUCGACGAACUGUUAUUCAAGAUUCGAGUCGAAGCGCAUGAUGCGUUCCGGAGACAUACUGGUUAAGUUGCAUGCAUAGCGAUGGCGUUGAUCACAUUUUCUUUUUGUUUGAAUACUGUUUUCUAGUUUCUAGUUUCUGGUUAGACCUGGCCUUCGUUUUCAUUUCGCAGCGUUGUUAUUUCUUUUCAUUUUGUAUUUGUCUGUUUAAUGUUUCUGUUUGGGUACAAUUAUGGUGGCAUUAUGCUUAUACUUCAUAUGUUAUAUUCUGGGUUUGGAAAGGGGCUGUAUAUGCUAUUCAUGAAAAGGUGCUAUAGACAAAUAUCAUGUUUUGAUUAAUUGACAGC